UCCCUCUCGUUCUUCAGCGGCUGCGAGGGAGAGCGAGCGGAGAUGGUCUCUGGAUCGGGGAUUUGCGCGCGUCGCGUGGUAGUGGAUGCGCGGCAGCACAUGCUGGGAAGGCUGGCGUCGAUCCUCGCCAAGGAGCUGCUCAAUGGGCAGCGGGUGGUGGUCGUGCGCUGCGAGGAGAUCUGCAUGUCUGGCGGGCUUGUUCGCCAGAAGAUGAAGUUUUUGCGCUUUCUUCGUAAGCGUAUGAACACUAAGCCCUCGCAUGGUCCCAUUCACUACCGAUCACCUGCCAAGAUCCUCUGGCGUACCAUCCGUGGGAUGAUCCCACAUAAGACGAAGAGGGGAGCUGCAGCUCUGGCUAGGCUGAAGGCAUAUGAAGGUGUGCCGCCACCCUAUGACAAGAUGAAACGAGUUGUCAUUCCGGAUGCUCUCAAGGUUUUGAGGCUUCAACCUGGACACAAAUAUUGUCUACUUGGACGGCUUUCCAAGGAGGUUGGAUGGAACCACUAUGAUACCAUCAAGGAGUUGGAGGAGAAGAGAAAGCAGAGAGCGCAGGUGUCUUACGAGAGGAGAAAGCAGCUUGUGAAGCUACGUCUCAAAGCAGAGAAGGCGGUUGAAGAAAAGCUUUGCACACAGCUUGAAAUUCUAGCGCCUCUCAAAUAUUGAGUUUGUUAUAUUAUUUAUAGUCAUAAGCAUGUUCAUCAUGUCUGAUUUUAUGUUGUGGGAAGUUUUGGUUUCAAGGCUCUUUUUGUGGCACCCUUGUUUAAGUUCUUUUUUUGUCUUGUGUUCUGGAGCCCAUCAAUGUGCUAUUUGCAGUGUUUCUUUUUGUUUUGCUA